GGGCAGAGCGCGGGGCAGCGCGAAAGCAGCGGCUCUGCGAGCCGCCGGCCUGGCGGCGUCCGCCCGGCCUCUCCCAGCGCUGCGCUGCUGCGGGGAGCGAGAGCCGCUGCGGCAAAGACGGAGGCUGCUCGCGGGGGCCAAAGCGCAGCGGACGAGGCCCGUCUGGACCGACACCGUCUGCAGGCGGCCGUGCCAGGUGCUCGCUGGCCGUUCCUCCCCUGCGCUGAGCCUGUUUCUCCAAUCUGCUGAGAGAACGGUGAACUCUCCUCCUUGUCCUCCAGUGCACAUUUGCAUCUCUUCUAACUUCCAAGUUACAACUGCAGAAGGCACACUAUUGCAACUGUCAGAGCUGUUCAUGAAAAUGUGGAGUGGGACUGGACCCACCACAGGCCCUUGGGAGAUCUUGCUUGAUCCAAGCUUUAGUAACUUCCAGACAACCACGGAAUUAAGGGACUUCUUUGCCAAAGCCCGGAAUGGUUCCGUUCGGCUCAUCAAAGUCGUCAUUGAGGAGGAACAGCUCGUGCUGGGAGCCCACAAAGAGCUUUCCCGGCGCUGGGAUGUGGACUACGAUGCCUUUGUGUUGCCGCUGCUGGACGAGCAGCAGCCGUGUUACAUCCUGUACCGCCUGGACAGCCAGAACGCCCAGGGCUACGAGUGGCUCUUCAUCUCUUGGUCCCCUGACAACUCCCCAGUCAGGCUGAAGAUGCUCUAUGCAGCAACCAGAGCCACAGUGAAGAAAGAGUUUGGAGGAGGGCAUAUAAAGGAUGAGAUGUUUGGAACGGUUAAGGAAGACGUGUCCCUGAGUGGUUACCAAAAGCACGUGUCGUCCUGCUCCGCCCCAGCCCCGCUGACCGCGGCUGAACAAGAGCUCCAGCAGAUCCGCAUCAACGAGGGUAAAGUGGUCCAGGUGAAGACGGAGAUCAGUGUGGAAAGCAAGCACCAGACCCUGCAAGGCCUGGCCUUCCCCCUGCAGCUGGAUGCUCAGCAAGCCAUCCAGGCGCUAAAGCAGAAGAAAAUCAAUUACAUCCAGUUGAAGCUGGAUCUGGAGCGGGAGACCAUAGACCUGGUGCACACAAGCCCCACGGAGAUAGCUGAUCUGCCUAAAAGGAUCCCCCAGGACUCAGCUCGCUACCAUUUUUUCCUGUACAAGCACUCUCAUGAGGGAGACUACCUGGAGUCUGUCGUGUUUAUCUACUCCAUGCCUGGGUACAAAUGCAGCAUCAAGGAGCGCAUGCUCUACUCCAGCUGCAAGAGCCGGCUGCUUGACACUGUGGAGCAGGAGUUCUGCCUGGAGAUAGCAAAGAAGAUCGAGAUAGACGAUGGAGCCGAGCUGACGGCGGAGUUCCUCUAUGACGAGGUGCACCCCAAGCAGCAUGCCUUCAAGCAGGCCUUCGCCAAGCCCAAGGGGCCUGUGGGGAAACGAGGACAGAAGCGACUUAUCAAAGGGCCAGGAGAGAAUGGCGAAGACAGUUAGAUCCCGGAGGGGCAGGAGGACGGGGCAGGAACAGGGCUGUGAACAGGACAGCAUCCGAACGGUGUUUCCCAGCUUCCACCCCUCCACUCCCAGGCCUCUCUGCUGACCUAGGGAUCUUUUCCCUCCAUUUCAAUCUUUUUUUUUUUUCCUCCCUCCCCUUCCUCUUUUUCUUUCCUCUUUAAAAUCAGGACGUGGAGCAGUGGGGAGGGGGGGCAGGGAACCUGGGUGUAUUUUUAUGUUUCUUUCCCAUGUUCUUGUGCAAGACCUGGGGCAGUUGAAGGAGGACAAGAAGAACAGGGGACACUUCCCCAGCUUGUUCUAGACCCACCUGAGUUUGCAGCUGUUGCUCUCGAUGCUUCCCCCAGUUUACCUGGUACCUGCACCAACUGAAGGACUUACUUACCUGCAAGCUGCUCUAUGCAAAGGAAGGAAAUGACAGUUGGGAUUAGUUUAAUACGAGAAAACAAAAUGCUUCUUUCUGUGCUCCCCCUUCCUACAGACUUCUGCUCUCCACUUCCCAGUCUUGGUCUAAGCAGCCCCUCCAUGGCCAGGCACUGUUGGCUUGCAGAGAGGACACUGUCCCUGUGCAGGGCGCUUUGUGGCUGUGGUUGGUGUUUGUGGCAGGAGAGUUUGUCCCCUCUGAGAGCCAGCCCUGUAUUUUAUCUGGAUUUGCCUUUCGGGGCAUGAAGACGUCCCUCCUCUUCCCUCUGCUUCUUGUGUAUCCCUCGUGGCCAGAGGCACUGGCUUUGGGCCCCUGCGGGAAUGCAAGCGGCAGCCGUUGCUUCCCAGCUGCUCCGCUCUUGCUGCUCCUGCUGGCUGGCUGUGUGACUUCCGAGGGGGAGGAAGAGCAGGGCGGAGACUGUCGCCUUCCCAAACAGAAAGGACCCAGCCUGCAGCCAUCCCAGGCUGUGCUCGGGUGGCGAAGGCCUCCCCAGCGCGUCCUGUACUGCGGUGGUUGUGAAGCCACCACCACCACGGCUGGGCUCCAUCUUCCCUCGCUGUCCACAGCGGUCUGGGGGGCAGAGAGGCCCCCAAGCCCACCUCUGGGCAUUGCAUUUGCCCAUGCAGAAAGCCAUGUGAGAGGUGAGCUGGUAGCUCCUGUGGGCUGCUGGAUGUAACACAGAUGCAAAAUAUCAUGGCCCUGGGGUGGUUUUAUGAGUGAAUUGGAGGGAAGCGUUGUCUUUUCCCUAAGACCUGCGGCUGUAUGUGGUGCGGCCAGACUCUGAGGCCCUCUCUCCAGGGCCACCUGCGCAGGCUUUUGAAGCACGUGCGAGCAGGGGGCCGGGCAGCAGAUGGGAAGGAGGAAGGGCCGUGUCCAGCUCCGCUUCCUUUCUCUGCUCCUCUCUGUUUAGAUGGAAAAUGGCAGUCCUGGCCUACAGGAGAUGGGGAGGAAGGUGGGGGGCCUUCUGUGAGCCCUGAGCGUAGCAUCUCCCCCGGAGGAGGGUCACUGUGCCUCUGGCCCGUCGCUCGGAGGGAGCCGUUACAGCCGGGCUCGGCCCCGUAUCUGCCACCCAAGGCGGGUUAAGGACAGGAGCAGGCACCUUCCUCUCCUUGACCUGACGUGGGCUCCGGGCUUGCGGUUGCUGUUGGGUCCCUGAGCCCUAGGCCCCCCCAUGGGCUUUGGUUUGGGGUGGCUUUUCACCCCCCUGUCCCCGAACAGGACUCACGUGGGUCGUGGACCGGCUGGUAUUUGCUAUGGGGUUGCAGGUAGCUUCAGGGCCAGCGAGGGAGGGAAGGAGCUGGCCUGACCCUGCGCUGUCCCUUCUCCUGGGCUCUGUCCUCCCUGGUCCUGGGUAGCACCGGUGGGGCAGAGGGAGCAGCUGGAUAGAUCUGGAUAGAUGCCUUUCCCAAGGAAACGGAGAGGAGGGGAAGGCAGGGCUGCUUCCCAGCGCCCCCCCCCGCCCGCCCGCCUCGGCCCUCCUGGCAGCACGAGUUGGCUGCUUCGAUUUUUUUUUUUUAAUUAUUAUUAUUAUUAUUAUGGUUUCUGUUAGGAGAGAGCCUGCCCUGCCUCCGCUGCUCCCGGCUGCGCGUGUCGUGGGGGAAGCGGGCGCAGAGAUGGGGUGAGGCCUCCUGCCCGGGGGCCCGGAGCCGCGGGCAGGAGCUGCUCUGCAGCUGCCCCGGGGAGCCGCCGCGCUCGGCUAGCCCGGGCCCCGGCUCGCGGCUGCCGUGCUCUGGCCACGGCUUAAAUACUGCGUGGGCGCCCCCGAACCCUUGUGCGUUGGGGGGGGGGAGGGGACACGGGGGCUGCCCCCAAAACCACGGUGGCCUCCGCGUGCUGGCCGCCCCGUUCCCCGCCGGGCUCCUCUGGGGUCUGGGUGCCGCUCUCGGCUCGCCCGCGGGUGGCUGGAGACGGGCUGCAGCUCCGGCGGCGCUGGAGGCAUCGCCGGCGCUCGUGGCCGUCGCCACCGCGUUCUGGAGGACGCGAGGUUGGUGCUGUGGCGUAGGCCUCCCCAAGGGAGCCUGGGGGCAGAGCGAGCCUUGCCGCGGGCGGUUCGAGGGAAGACGACCCUCCCCUUCCCCCCCCCCCCCCCCCCCCCCGGAGCUGGAAGCACCAGGUCAGCGCAACCCGCCCUCCGGUCCGAGCGAGGCGGCGGUGACCGUGCCGAUGUCGCCUCGACCCGGCGCGGGUGCACGGCGCGAGCCGGCGGCCCGGGCCGCGUGCCGGCGGUGGGGGCUCGGAGCCUGGGGGAAGCAGAGCACACUGUACUGAACGCUGUAUUUUCUAAAGAAUAAAGUAUUUUUAAAGCA